UUGUUUCAGCAACUUUAACCUCAAAAAAAGUUUGAAAACAGAUCACGGCUGCAAAUAUAAUUUUUAUAAUCAUACCUCAUGAAACUCCUUAAUUUAGCGAAGGUAAUGAAGAGAUAAAAUGGAUUGUGACAGUACCAAGAAUAACACUAUUUUAAUCCAGGAAAUCGUUGAGGGUUGUGCAAAGAUACAAACAGCCGGAAAAGUCUUCUAUAACCCUGUUCAAGAAUUCAACAGGGAUAUCAGCAUACUAGUUCUCAGAGUAUUUUCCAAAUAUUUCAUAGAGGAAAAGAAAACUCUGAGAAGAAUCAAGGAACCAACAGAUUUCGGUAGCGCUCAAUAUGCAACAGAUUUACCAGAAAAGGGGACCAAAUACGAAAAUGGAAUUAAGGUUCUGGAGGCCCUUUCGGCAACAGGUCUCAGAAGCAUAAGAUACGCAAAAGAAAUACCCGGUAUACAACAGAUAAUAGCAAACGAUAUUUCUGAAAAAGCCGUGGAGGACAUAAGGAGAAAUGUAGAAAAUAAUCAAGUGUCUGAUAUUGUGAUUCCCCAUCAUGACGACGCCACGAUGUUGAUGUACAAGCAUCGUAGAGACGAAAGGUUUGACGUUAUAGAUUUGGACCCAUAUGGAUGCCCAUCAAUUUUUCUAGAUUCGGCCUUGCAGUCUGUAACUGAUGGAGGUUUGAUACUGGUUACUGCAACUGAUAUGGCUAUUUUAGCAGGAAAUUCCCCAGAGACUUGCCACACUAAGUAUGGUUCGGUAUCGUUGAAGAUCAAAUGUUGUCAUGAAAUGGCUGUAAGGAUAUUACUUCAGUGUAUUGAAAGUCACGCAAAUAGGUAUUCGAGGUAUAUCGUACCUCUUCUCUCGAUUUCAGCAGAUUUUUAUAUCAGAGUAUUUGUAAGGGUGUACACAAGCGCUCAUAAAUGUAAAUUCACUAUGAGCAAGCUGUCCAACGUUUUUCACUGUACUGGUUGCGAUAGUUUCACGUUGCAACCCUUGGGCAUUUUAAAAAAGAACGAUAAACCCAACAACGUAAAAUUUGGUCUUCCCGCAGUGCCUGUUGUACCCCCUAAAUGCGAACAUUGUGGAGGCACUCAACAUAUGGGUGGCCCCAUAUGGUCAGCUCCAAUACACUCCUCAGAUUUUGUAGGAAAACUUUUGGAGAACAUUUCAAAUGACUUGGAAACUUUCAGGAGGAUAGAGGGGGUCCUCAAUGUUAUAAACGAAGAAUUACACGAUUGCCCCCUUUAUUACACGAUUGAACGGUUAAGCGGCACUCUUCAUGUCGAAACCAUGCCAAUGCUUACCAUGAGGUCGGCUAUUUUGAAUGCAGGAUUCAGGGUAUCUUACAGCCACAUGUGCAAGACGGGUAUAAAAACGGACGCUCCCGGUAAGGUUAUAUGGGAUAUAAUGCGUUGUUGGAUCAAAAGUCACCCCGUUAACGAAACUAGAUUGACUGGGGAAACUCCUGUAGCGAAGAUUCUAUCGGUUCAGCCCGAGAAAGAAUAUAACUUUCAGGCUCAUCCUCUGGCUAAUCCAGAUUCGAGGAAAUCGGGUCUGUUGAGAUUUCAGGCUAAUCCUCAACCUUUUUGGGGCCCAGGUACAAGGGCGCAAGCUAUGGUGGGCGAAGAAAGAAUGUCAAAAAGCAAAAGAAAUCAAGGAAAGAGGAAAAGGGAAAAUUCAGAAGAGAAAGAAGGUUCGGGCACAAGUGAAAAUUAGGUAUUGUUGAGGAAAGUUUUUCAAUGAUUUUGAGACGGAUUAACAUCUGACAUUAUAAAAUAACCAAAA